GAGAAAGAGAGUAUGAGGGAGAGAGAGGCGGCUGUGCUGCAGGAGUUGCAUUACUGUGUAGUUUGCAGCGAUCCUUUCAUCAGGUCUCAGGAUCAGCUGCCAGUUGGCCAACCUGCGUCUGUCUCACUCGGUGUCUGCUUGAGUCUAAGGGAGGGAGUACCACAGAGCUGUGGUGGUUGGAUGUUCGUUUGGAGCUGGUUCCACAUACUCGGCUUCACGGGAGGCAGGCUGUCGGGUCUGGAUGUGGUUGAUGCUGCUGUGCUGUACCUGGAGGGACGAUCGGAUGGGAGAGGAGGAGGGAGGAUGUUUUCCAUGCUGUGCAGGAUGUGGUCGCUCUAUCUAUGAUGGUCAGUACCUCCAGGCCCUAAACACAGACUGGCACAAUGCCUGCUUCAGAUGCUGUGAGUGUAACAUCUCGCUCUCUCACUGGUAUUAUGAGAAGGAAGGCCAGCUGUACUGUAAGAAGGAUUACUGGGCCAGAUUUGGAGAGCUGUGCCAUGGCUGCUGUGAGCGUAUCACCAAAGGGUUGAUCAUGGUCGCUGGAGAACACAAAUAUCACCCCGAAUGCUUUGUGUGCCUGAAGUGCGGUGUAUUUAUUGGAGAUGGAGACACCUAUGCAUUGGUAGAACGCUCCAAACUCUACUGUGGUUGCUGCUAUUACCAGACGGUAGUUACGCCUGUCAUUGAACAAAUCCUCCCAGACUCUCCCUGCCCUCAGAUACCACACACUGUGACUUUGGUUUCAAUCCCAGCCUCCACGGAGGGAAAGCGAGGCUUCUCUGUGUCCAUCGAUCAGCCCUGCAGUCCCAGAAGUUCCUCUUCGGAGCACGUGCACACCGUACGGGUCAAAGAAGUUGAUGCUGGUUGCAUCAGUCCAGAUGUGAAAAACUCCAUUCACGUUGGUGACAGGAUCCUGGAAAUCAACGGAACACCAAUCAGGAAUGUGCCUCUGGAUGAGAUUGACCUCCUGAUUCAAGAAACUAGUCGCUUGCUCCAGUUAACCAUUGAACAUGAUCCCCACGAUAUGUUGCUGGAGGACCAAGCAGAGACCAUCAGCCCGAUGUCUGAUAUUUACAGCCCACGGAAAUUAAGUGUCCCUAAUGGAGAAGGUAGCACGGUCAAAAAACGCCCCAUCAUAAGAAGCUGCAGUAUUGACAAGUCACCAAGCACUGGAUCACCUGCCUCUCAAAAGAAAGAUUUGGGCCGCUCAGAAUCUCUGCGGAUUGCCUCCAAGAUGCAUCGUAUCUUCCGCCCUUCUGACCUGAUCCAUGGUGAAGUGCUGGGAAAGGGCUAUUUUGGGCAGGCUAUUAAGGUGACACAUAGAGAAACAGGAGAGGUCAUGGCAAUGAAGGAACUGAUUCGCUUUGAUGAAGAAACCCAAAGGACUUUCCUGAAAGAGGUUAAGGUGAUGCGCUGUCUUGACCAUCCGAAUGUUCUAAGGUUCAUUGGUGUCCUUUAUAAAGAUAAGAGGCUAAACUUCAUUACAGAGUAUAUCAAAGGAGGGACACUGAGGAGCAUCAUCAAAGAUUUAGACCGUCCAUUGCCGUGGAACCAUCGUGUGAGCUUUGCUAGGGACAUCGCUGAAGGGAUGUCCUAUCUGCACUCCAUGAACAUUAUCCAUCGGGAUUUGAACUCUCACAACUGCCUAGUGCGUGAGAACAAUACUGUAGUGGUUGCUGAUUUUGGACUGUCAAGACUAAUGGUUGAUGACAAAAAGCAGGCAGACAAUCAGUCACCAGGAGACCUAUCCACCAUGAGAAAGCCGGACAGAAAGAAACGUUACACUGUGGUGGGAAACCCUUACUGGAUGGCUCCAGAGAUGAUAAAUGGGAAAAGCUACGAUGAGAAGGUUGAUAUCUUUUCCUUUGGGAUAAUGCUGUGUGAGCUGAUUGGUAGAGUAAACGCAGACCCAGAUUACCUGCCCAGGACAACAGAUUUUGGAUUGAAUGUCCCUGUUUUCUUGGAUCGAUACUGUCCAGAGGAAUGUCCUGCUGCCUUCUUCCCAAUUGCAGUCAUGUGCUGUGACUUGGAUCCAGAAAUGAGACCAUCCUUUAUGAAGCUGGAACAGUGGUUGCUAGCGCUGAAAUUGCAUGUGGAGAUGCACCUUGCUCUCACUUCCGACCUUGAACAGAUCAAUCAUUCCUUCUUCCAGAAUCAUUCAAGAAGCAAAGAGAAACUUCUGGAAGCCAUGUGAGCUGGUCCAGCUGAACCAUUACCAUGUAAUCUGCAAGCAUGCUGAUGUUCAGCUGACCACCUUCACGUAAUCUCCCAUUUCAUCAGCGUUCUGGGCACAAUCAAACCUGCAAGUACUCCAAUGUACUGUUUAUUAUUCUGCGGGUAGACCCUUCUGCUUUAACAUUUCACCAGACAAGACUCAACUCAUGUAAAUAGCUGGUCACCUCCAGUAGGAUACAGGAAGGACAUGGCAGUAUCUAGGGUAUUGAUGUAAAUGGUAUGCCCACCAUGGUUAACUCAGUGCUCAUGCACCUUACACAUGAUUUGUAUAUAAGUGAAUGCCUGCAGUUAGUGGCAGGAUAGGAUUUCUGUCUGCUCAAACUCUGGAUACAGAAGAACUUUGUACAAUGGGAAUUUGAUUGGUGCUGUCCUGCUCCUAGUAGGCCUGCACCCUCAGCAGAAGACUGCCUCCAACUUAGCAAUCUCACUAGUAGAGGCAGGAAAGGAUGGUUGUAUGAUAAUUAGAAAGUUUCACCUUGUUCAGUUGUUUAGGGUCAGGGGAAUGAAGCAGUUUAAGCCCACACCAGGCAAAUUGUGCACCCGAGUUAAAGCUUCAUGGUAGACAGUAUAAACUGAAAUGUCGAGUUUCCAUUCCAAGUGCUAAUGUCCCUUAUCUCAAUGAGCACAAAAGUAGAAACUGGUUUGACACAGCCAGCAGGAAAAGAAAUCUAUCUUAUGUAGUUCAUUCCAACUUGAAUAUUUUGGUGAUGGAAGAAACCACUGAAAUUUCAGACAACAGUUGCUCCCCAUCGCAUUGACAAGCUCCUUAAUCUGAGGGGGGAAGUUCAGGGCUGGGGUCUCUCAUUAAUUUAUUUCAUCAGGGUUUGUAGUCAUGUGGCAUGUGUUGAAGAGCUGCUCAAUUAAGAUUCCAUUUCUUUCAAUGGAAUGAGAAAUCAGUUAUUAAAGAAUUUCAGAAUGAAGACGCUGUUGUAGGAGCGUCCAGCAUGAAUUACUGUAUUUGAACCAAAUGUUGUACAUCAUUCUUAAACAUUCACUCGGAUUGAGUCUCUUCUGAGCUCCCCAGCUUCAGCUAAAAUCGCCAUUUGCACGCUGUUCAACAUCUCUUAACCUCAACAAAAACUUCUUCACUUUUUCCCUAACAAACAUAUAAGGCUUUUAUCAUCUGAUACACAAGCGUGUCUGCGUGAGCCACGUUUGAACUAAGCAUUUACAUGGCGGCUCCCCAGUUAUUUUCAGGAGAGCUCUGUAAUAAUCUCUCCUUUUCCUCAUCAGUCUGUAACACACGCUUACCAUUUUUUGGUGUUGCCACAUUAAUGUUGCUCCAUGCUUGUUUUCUGAUUUUUUUUUUUUUGAAAUUUCAGGUCCAGCCCUUUAUUAGUCUGGAGCAUCUUUGACAAUUUUAGUGUUAAAUUGUAAGAUUUCCAAGACCUCCAUUUCGAGUUGAUAGCUAGUUAACCCGUAAAUCUAGUUUCAUUCUGAAACUCUCAUUCCUUCUUUUUCCCCCUACCUUUCACUGUAAGAUGACCAUGUUGUCUUCCUUUUUGUUGUACCCGAUUUUUCUUCUCCCUUUUUGAAGCAUUUUUUAACACUUUGUUAAAGGGUAACCCUUGGAAAUAUUUUAAAGUUGGUUUUAAGUGGACAUUAUAUGUGCAGCUAAAUCAACUGGACCAUCCAACACGCAGUCACUGCUUUUUCUCUGGUCCCUAGGUUUGGGUUUCUUCAAAAACAGGGAUGCAACAACUCAACUUCCAGUCUAUUGUUUCUUGGCAAAUGUUCAUUUGUUCUUGCUCAUUAUGUUACUCUGAACUCUAAUUGGCUGAAUAUCUGCAGAGCCAAGUGCACAAACCUCAGACACAGAAGACUGUAGUAUAAUCAUUGGGAAAUUCUUUAGAACCCCUCCACAAUUGAAAGCACUGGUUCCUGGGCCAGGCCUUGCUUUUCUAGGACAGGACCACAGUCUACAGCAAAUUUGGUUCAUGAUGUCACUUGGUGUAGCACGAGGCAUUUUGUUGACUGCAAAUAAAUAACCUGUAAAUGGGGAUGAACUCAACAGUGAAGUAGACGAUUUCUGCCUCCCGUUUUAAAUCUGGUUUCAGGCCUAAAGGCCCUGCAGAAGAAUGUAGGAUAUUUUCCAAAUAUUUUUAUAGAUGGUGACCUGAACUGCAACACAAGUGGUUGUCUAGUAUCAUCAUAUGUAGACAGUCAACAUUUCCAAAAGGCAUCAAUUCACAUUGCUUUCUCUUUUUUAAAAUUUCUCUUUGUUAUUAUUUUUGCUCCGUCUUUUGCUUAAUUAUGCUUGUCAGACUGUUCAGGUAGCAUUUUCACUUUUCUACAUCAGAUUUACAUCUGUAGUGUUGCGGAUUGUAUUUAUUUGAGCUUCCACGCCAAUUGAUUUCUGCCUUUUCCCCUCCCUCUUUGUUUUGCUCUUCUGUUUGUAUCCUGGUGUGUGCUUUACAUUAGCGAACAAAGAAUAAUCACUCUUUCUGGGUAUCAAACACAUUCAGUCUUUAUUGUGGGCACAAAACUGCAAGUUACUUUACCUUGCUCCUGAAAUGUAACGUCAGAUGCUGUUCCCCUUCUUGGAACUUGGGUGUUCAUCAUCCCAAGAAUGAGGAGUUGCAUAUCUCUUGUUUGCAAUAGCAGAAAUGUUUCUGCAACUCAGUCUUAUUCUGACAGCACAAAACUGACCCUAAUAAUGAUUCCACUCUGACCAGUUCAGGAAUUGGAAAAAUUGUGAGAUAAUUCAACUGAGCAAGAAUGUUCUGUUCCGAGAUUUGGAAUGAGACAGAAGGUAGAAGAUGUAUAUGUGACCUUUACCCCUCACCUGGCCUAUGCUACAGCCAACGUGGUCAAUCAUGGACUAUUACUUGGGAGGGGCUGCAAGCUUUACUCUGCAUCAUGACUGCCCUGUACCUGACAUGUAAGCUGACAUUUGGUAGCCAGUGUUCCAUUCCAAGCACGAAUAGCCUCACUAUUCCACACUACGCCAAGAUUCAGCAAGAUUGAGACCUACUCAAAAUUCUUCAGCUAAUGAAGUGAUUGCAGCAUUGGCUUUUCCUUCUACUUUGUUUACCAGUAGCUGAGGACCUGAGUAUUAGUCAAUCCUGGGCCACCCAUCAGUAGAAAAAAAUUUGCAAACUGCCCUUUAUAUCAGACAGGUUCUGUAAUGUUAGAAUUAAUCAGCAGUUUAAUCAGAAUCCUUUCUUCCUGCUACUCUUCACAACCCAACAGAGCAAUGAACUUUGAGUAUGACCAUUCCCGUUGCAUCACACAUAAGGCUAUUACUAAACAUAAGACAGACUUUCAGAUGCUUGUGGGCUUAAUGUCAAUCUAUGGUGAUGUGUGAUUUUGAAUUGCCAACUAUCUGUUGACUUUACAAGGAUUUGCAGCUUGUAUAAAUUAAAAUGAUUGCUUCAGGAGUGAUUAGGGGUCAAGCCAUAACCUAUUUGCUAUGUAGAGUGUACCAGAGAGUUGCCACUGAAGUUUUACAAGGCAUGAAAAGAUUGACAUCUCUAGUCCCUAUGCAGACCUGUGAUCAGUUAGCUGGUUUUUAGAAAAUUGGCAUUGCAUAUUCAUGUACUGCUGUCUUCAUGAAGAGCCGUUUCGUCAAUAACUAACUUGAUUUAAAUUUUUCAAGUACCUCAGGAUUCACAUCAUUAAAUAUUUCACAGUUCAGUGACAUGGGUGUACUGUGUGAAAGCUCUGGAACCUAUCAGUAUAGCGUCAGUUGCGUGACAAAUGUGGGGGCUCCUGUAAGGAAAACAUAACUGUUCCUCUGUUGCUUGGCCUUAAACACUUUGCACUUAGCAACAGCCCUUGUAAUCAAGUGGCUGAAUCUGUUUAUCAUUAUUGUAUCCAUGCAUCUGUCUUCACAGAGUUUGAAGACAAAUGUCACAGUAUAAACUGUUUAGAUGGUGAUAUCCAAAACAACUAUUCUAAAAAUAUUCACUAGUUUACAUAUGGUAGGUACUGAAAUUGUUGACUUUGUAGAUGAGUAGCAGUAAGGAGCACUUUUUUUCCUGACAUCCUGAUUUAGUUGUUUUAAUUUUAAUAGAGGCAGAGUUGCAAUCACUAAGAUAAGCUCAUUAUAGUUAUAGAUCAUGAACCAUUGGACCAAUUUCAUUUACUAGAUGUGCCUCUUUGGCUCAGAUCCACUGGGCUGGGUAGUGCAUCAGUUUAGAAUAUUUCUUUUUGAAAGCCUUGUGUGACUGACUAUCUGCUGAAAACCAGAGUCAGGUUUGGCUGUGACCAUCAAAUAAUUUGGCAGCAAUAUCUACCUGGAAUGGCAAAAACUUGAGUGAACUAAAAGUUUGCCUGCGCCUGAGAAUCUGCAACCUAGAAUGUCCUCGUGAGAAGGGGAAUAUUUAUGUACAUUUGCAAUGCUUUGAAUUCAAUAUCCAGAUUGAUAGAGAACAGUAUACUGUCCCAAAUCCUGUGCAGUUUAGUCCAAGCCUACUUGCCUUUUAUGUGCAGUUGGGUAAAUAACACACCGUCAUGCAAACUUAGAGUCUCCAGAGUUUUACAAUCAAUUCCCAUGGUUAGAAUGGAGCUUUGUUUUUGAAUGAAAACCAGAUACUUUCAGUCAAAAUAAGUAAAAGGGAUGGAAAUGAAGGGUGUAUCUCAAUUUUAAGAUACUUCAGAAACUAAUAUACUUUAAUAUUGUACUUCUUCAAAUUACUGAAACAUUGUCAAAGUGGACAAAUGUCUGGCACAGUCUGCCACACAGACCAGGUGAACAGCCCCUGAUCUAUGCUGAAUUACUGGUUGGAAAUUAUGACUUGGCCUUGAUGCUUUUGGCUUGAAAAUGGUGAAGAAUUUAAGCAGGACUCCUGCUCCUGAGUUCCACUUGGCAUUUCCUGCUGCAAGGAGCCUGUGGUUGGAACAAGUUUGAACUCAGUUUCAGUGUCUUCCAUGAUUAAGUAGCCUGUUGGCAUUCGUUGCCUACAUUUGUCUGAAGAUUGACAGUUGGCAGAUGUUGGUGCCUUCAGCAGUCAAGGUGUAAACUUUGUUAACAGUAGUGGAAUGCUUUCUGCUAUUUGGUGCCAAUUUUGCCUUUAAACUUCACGCAAUAAUAUUGUUCAGUGCUGUGCUCAAACAAAAGCCAUGAGUUAAUAAUACAGUAAUUAUGUGCAAAGUUUAUUCAUUGUAAACUCAUGACACCAAAGCCUUUGCUGUCAGAGUGUAGAGGACCAAGUGUGGCAUUGAGAAACCUGCAGUGCGAGCUGAACAGACUCACCCACUAAAUUAAUCUGUGCCUUGUUUAGCCAGAGCUCUCAAGGACCAGUGGUUGGUUUAUGUUGUUUACAAAGUCAAAACUUGCAUUUUCUAUCAUUAAUUUAUUGUUUCUGUGGAUUCAGUCAUAUAAUUCCAGUGUUUAAUUCCUAGUGUUUUAUUUUGAAACUGUGAACAUAGUGCACUUUACACAUAGGAGGGUGACUAUGACAGCAAAUCUGUGAAGUAUUGUAACAGGAAAAUGGAAUAAACCAGCUUCAUCUCAAUGAGCAGCUCUACCA